AUGAGAUACUUCGGGUUCCCGGAGACCUUCCGCUGCGGCAUGCUCAGCGACAUCGAGGGGUACCAGAGCUGCGGCACACCGCCGAUGGAUGACAGAUAUGGUGACGACAGUAGGACACUAGGGCCGGACAUCGAUGCAUCACAGCAGGGAGGCUCAAACCCAGAAAAGAGCCAGGAUGAAGUCAUCAAGCAGCUACUGAAUGUGAUGUACCAUCACAAAGAUAGGGAAGCAGCCAUAGCUGCAGCCAGGGCAGCCAUUAUGUCGCUCUAUCAGGACCAGGACAACACAGAAGGGGAGGAGAGUCUGGCUGAGACACCCAUGAAGAGUGCUUCGGACCCGGGCGUACCAAUGAGGUGGGCGCUGAGCGAGGAGCUCACAGAUGUGCCCUCCUCUCGAGCAGCAUCCAAGGACACAGCAAGUGCGCCAAGCUUGAGUGUUGAGCGGGAUGCAAGUGCUCCCAGGAGCGCGCCAGCAUUUAUGCUGAGCGACUUCCCUGGCUGCAAGCGGCUCGAGGACGCCUACCGGAAGAUCUACCACAUCCCUAACAAAACUCCCCUCAGUCUGGUGUUUGAGGAGAUGCAGGAGAGCGCUGGGCCGGGGCCCUUCAUGAUACAGACAACGCUGAGGGACGCGGACGGGAAUGCCCUCUACCGGCCAGGCGUCGGCACGGCGUGCGCCAAGAAGGAUGCCAAGCAGCUGGCAGCGGCGACGCUGCUGGAGCAUCUGCUGGAGAGUGUGCCCUUCCAGGACCUGCUCUACAAGUCCGACAAGCAGCAGCAGCUCAAGGACCUGCAGGAAUCGCGCAUGCGGUGGCCGGCGGCGGGAAAGGGGCGCUGCGCGCCCGGCAGGCCAAUCGGCCGCCCCGGGCCGGCGCCCGGGCCGCGGCUGCCGCCGCUCUUCGGCGCGGGGUCAAAUCAGGCCGUGCUGUGCGGGCUGCCCGGGCAUGGGCAGGUCAGCCUGCCCUACGGGCUGCUCCCCGGCCUCUACGACGGGCCCCACGCAGCGCAGCACAACAUGCGCGGCGGCAACAUGCCAGGCCCCAACAGCCACUACCAGCAGCCCGCGGCGCGGCCCGGAGGCGUGCCCUCCUCGCUGGCGGCCGCCGAGCAGGCCUCGGCCUAUCUGGGCAAUCGGCCGCUGCAGGGAGGGGACGCGCAGGAUGAUGGAUUGACCAACGGCUACCUGGGCUAUGACCUGGGGUCCAGCAUGGGGCUGCUUGGUGGCGGAGGAGGGAACGCCGCGAUGCUGGAGGCCGGCAUGGCAGCACUGGAACACGACGCACAGCAGCAGCAGCAGCAGCAGCAGCAGCAGCAGCAGCAGCAGCGGCUCGGUGACGUGCGCGGAUCAGCCCUACUGCAACAGGACUUUGCGCAGCCAAGUUACGGUCUCCAGCAGGGCGCAGGGCAAGGGGUGUACUCCUGGAGUGUGUACCUCGAUACGCAGCUGCCGGGCCGCUCAUCCGCGCUGGAAAACCUGCUGCGCUGGCCCGACGGCCCGACCGGGCAGUUCUGA